AUGGUCCAGCACAGCAUUAGAAACACAGACAACAACCCCCAGGGCCGCCUGGCUCUGGUGACGGGAGCAAGUGGUGGCAUCGGUUCAUCAGUUGCACACGCUCUCGCCGCAGAAGGCUGUGAUGUCGCCUUGCACUAUUCAUCAAACCAGGGCAAAGCCGAGGCCCUGGCCGAGAAGCUGCGGUCCCAGUACCCCUCGCAGCUCUUCCUCCCCUUCCAGGCCGACCUAGCGUCCAGGGAGUCUACCCGCAGCCUGGUCCCCGGCAUCUUGGCAAACGGCGAGAUCUCGCGGAAGCACAAGGCCAUCUCGAUCCUCGUGGCCAACGCGGGCCUCGGGCGUCGCAUCCGCGACCCGGCGGACAUUGGCGAGGAGGACUGGGACGAGAUGAUGGAGGUCAACUCGCGCAGCCAGUUCGUCGUCACCAAGGGCUGUCUCCCCGGCAUGCGAGCGCAGGGGUGGGGGCGCGUCGUGUUGGUUGGGAGCAUCGCCAGCCGCGGCGGUGGAAUCAAUGGGUGCCAUUACGCUGCUACCAAGGGCGCACUCUGUUCUAUGGGUCUCAACCUGGCUACGCUCUUGGCUCCGGAGGGUGUCACCGUCAACAUUGUUCUGCCUGCCAUGAUCGGGGCGACCGGCAUGAUUGCGACUCCAAAGUCAACCACAUGGGACAGCAGAGACGACCUCGAGGCCCUCCGGACCACGGACCCCGGUCUGGCCAUCGCCGCAAGCGUCCCGGUCCACCGACUGGGGGCCCCCGAAGAGGUGUCCAACGUUGUAACAAUGUUCGUCAAGACGGGCUACCUCACUGGCCAGGAGCUUGUCCUCGCAGGCGGCUUGAAGUGA